AUGCCCAAGGUUCACAGCUAUGCGCCGGCCUGGCUGUGCCGGCCGUCACCUGGCGCCAACCUCUUUGCGAGCAAUCCGGACAAGAUUUCUACAGAUGAGGCGCUAAAGCCAGGGAAAGCUUCCGCAGUGAGUGGCGCGGUCAAAACGAUUGCCAAGAGGGGUAGCGAGGUGUUCGUUGUGAUCGACAAUGAGAUUCGCUGGUCCAAUCUGGCGCGGUUGAAGGAUCAAUGGCAGCAGCAGGCGAGGCAGAAGAAGACCAACACACACGCUGAGGAGACGCCCUCUCCGUCUUAUCGAGUGCUCGCCGUGCCUGUCUACGGGCUCAUCAAACAAAUCAUUCCUUCCCCAAAUGGAGCUUUCCUGGCAAUUGUCACCGAGCAUACAGUACACAUCGCGGUACUUCCGGACUCGUCACAUCUCGCGUCGGCCGACAAAUCUCAGAUUCGACUGAAGACAUACCAGCUGGGUCCCACCACUCAUGUCAUUCCAGAAGCUCCAGUGGUCUCUGCGAUCUGGCACCCGCUGGGCCUGCACAGCAACCUUGGCGGAUGCCUGGUCACAAUCACCGCCGAUGCCGCCGUGCGAGUCUGGGAACUCGAUCGAAACAACCACUGGUCGUUCGAUCAACCAACAUUGGCUGUGGAUCUUAAGAAGUUAGUUGACGGCACCUCAUCAGACCAAGAUUUUGCUCCCUCUGGAUUUGGUAAAAAUAAGGGAUUCUCUGCCGAUGUCUUUGAUAUGGAGGUUGCAUCAGCUUGCUUCGCUGGCAACGGGAGUGAAAAGGAGGAUGCUUGGGCCCCCAUGACCCUAUGGGUUGCUAUGAAGCCUGGGGACCUCUACGCUCUGUGCCCAUUACUGCCAUCCAAGUGGCAAGCCCCGUCCGCUACGAUCCCCGCGCUCUCGUCAGCUAUCAUUCCCAAGCUGGCCGCCCUGGAAGAAGCACCCGAAGAUGUCGAGGAGGAAUUGAUCGCCUCUCGACAGCAGUACGAAUGGCUGAGGGAAAUUGAUGAACAAGAGGCUGCCUAUCACCCCUCUGAUUCGGACCUCAUUCCAGGCGCUGAUGUGUUCUCGCGGCCCGCAAACCCUAGUGCAAUCCCACGCCUGCAAGGUCCGUUCCGGUUCGACACUGGUGAUCAACUCGAUGAUCUUGAUCUGUGUGAUAUUCUGGUUAUUGCGUCGAAACUCGACGUGGAAGACCUUAUGGUCGGAGAAGACGAAGAACUGGGAGUGGAGGCCGGUGACCAGGAUAAGCUGUCUGCCACGAUCGUCUGUCUUACCAGUGGGAAUGGUCGUGUUCACAUUUGCCUGGAAUUGGACGGCGUCGAAGGCCAGUGGCUGCCCAAAGCUAAGAAAAACGCGUUCCGCACGCCGCUCUCAGAGCCUGCCGAUUUGGUGUUGGUUGAGUCGCUGGACACCAUCAAGACCACGGGCGCAGAAUCUGUUGUCUGGCCGACUUUCACCAAGGACGUCCACUCUCGAUACUCAUUUUUCGUUACAACGGCCUCGAACGUGGUUCACUUUUCCUUAACAUCUUGGGUACAAAGACUAGAGGCUGAAUUGCAGGCCGAAGACACUUCCGGAUCAGGCUUCCGACUGCAGGUCCUCUGCAGUGGAGAUGUUGCGCAGAGAGAGAAGAUCUUGCAAGCCUCGGAUUCAGACGCCAUCGCGCUCAACGAACAUCUGGCGGCGUCAUUAGUGUUUUAUGACUUCGACCUGGGAUACAUGCUUCUCACGUAUCAUCCCUCCAACCCGUACGCGGCGGUUAUGGAUGGUCCGGAGGACGCAUUCUCGGCGUCAUUGGAACUUCGUACAUAUGAUUACAAGCCCAGCUCAGAUGCUUCUUCCGCGCUGGCUCCUCACCGAGCUCCUUACCAAGUCCCCGCUAUUCUCUAUGCCAAGUCGCCCCUCGAGACUUUUGUCGAGAAGCAUGUGCCGCAUCGUCAACGGCACACUCUCAAAGAGCAUGUUCGACUUUCUCCCGCGACUCUGGACUUGGUGACUACGGCUCAUCGCGUUCUCUCCGCCCAUACAAACGCUCUGGAGCGAGCAGCGUCGGACUUGUUCCGUCGGUGUGAGAGACUGCAAGGCGAAAUGAAGGAUCAGCUGAAGCAACUCGCCGACGUUGCCGAACGCAUCCAGGGCGUGACGAGCGAGAUCGGAGAGGACGGUACUCGCAAAUAUGGUUCGCGCAACGGUGAUGUCCUCGACAAGCGACUGCAGGCAGCGAAGGCCAAACAGGACGAAAUUACGCGCAGAUAUGACGCGUUGCGCAAGAAGCUCCUCAAUUCGGGUGGUCGCCCACUAAGCGAGAAGGAGAAAGCCUGGAUCUCGGAAGUCAAUACAUUGAACGACUCCAUUGGCGAGAAAGCACCCUCAGCGAAUGAGGCAGAUCAGCAGCUGACUCAACGAUUGGUGACGGUCAAGGAUCUUGCCCACGAGCUUGUGGCUGAAGCCAAAACCAUUAGUGCCAAGGCAUUGUCCCCUGAGCCUGGCAGUCCCGCUUCGCCGGGGGGUGCUCAGCCAAAGGUGCCACAGCGGCUCCAGCGCGCCAAGGUCGCGGAUGCAAUGAGAAUGGUUGAGCGAGAGUCUGCGGUCAUUGACGCAAUCACGUCGCGUCUCGAGCGGCUUCAUACCAGCUUGUGA